AUGCCCAUGCCCGGAUUUACUGAUGGUGUGCUUGCACAGUCACUUACUCCCAUUAGGGAUAUGAGCCCAGAGCAGGUCGAGAAGACCGAGAAACAAAUUCAGGAAGAAAUCCAAGCCAUCUUCCGCCAAAUCACCGCGUCCGUAACAUUCCUUCCGAUGCUCGACGGCAAUUGCACUUUCAAUGUCCUUGUUUACGCCGACGCCGAUUCUGAAGUUCCUCUGGAAUGGGGAGACAGCGACGCCAAAGAGAUUAAAAACGGGGAGAAGGUUCAGUUGAGAAGCUUCAGCACGAAUAGCCAUCGCGUGGAUACGAUGGUUAGCUACCGGUACGCAUCAAAUUGCCCUAUUAACGUUAUUGGCGAGCUCCUCGGCUAA